CCAAAAUCGAUCUGUGAAGAAAAUUAGUCUGGCAGCAAUAUAAUGAAAAUGAUCGUUCUCCUUAUUUUUGUUGAUGACACCGAUCUGCACGUACGAGUACGAGACAUCUCUCCCAAAGUCCCAGGCAAGCAGCUAGCCCAACAAGAAGCUGAGCUCAUGCAUGGAGGGCUCCUUGUCUGAUCUCUCGAGUACUACAAGGAUCGCCGUGGUGACCGGCGGGAACAAAGGGAUAGGGCUGGAGGUGUGCCGGCAGCUGGCCGACAGCGGCGUCGCCGUCGUGUUGACAGCCAGGGACGAGACGAGAGGCGCAGCUGCCGUCGAGAAGCUCAGAGGCCUGGGGCUCUCCAAUGUCAUCUUCCACCAGCUGGACAUCACCGACGCUCCGAGCAUCGCUCGGCUGGUCGUUUUCUUCAAGACCCGUUUCGGGAAGCUGGACAUCCUGGUAAAUAACGCCGGGUUUGUUGGCCUUGAGUACAUCCAAGAUCAUAUCGAUGGCACUUCAACGACGAGCGAGAAGUUUAGCGGCAUGGAUAUGAAUCAGAGACUCCAACUGUUGAUGAAAUGGUGCCUCCGGGAGACUUGUGAUGCUGGGAAGAAAUGCAUGAGAAUAAACUACCACGGCACGAAGCAAGUCAUCCGAGCAUUUCUGCCUCUGCUGCUGUCUUCUGACGAUAGAAGGAUAGUCAAUGUCUCCUCAGUGCUUGGCCAGCUCAGGUUUUUCGGCAGCGAGGCUUUGAAGCGGGAGCUGAACGACGUGGAGAGCCUGACCGAGGAGAGGCUGGACGAGUUGGCGGCCAUGUUCGUGGAGGACCUGGAGGGCGGCGCCGUGGAGGCGCGAGGGUGGUGGCCUGCUGGUUUCUCGCCGGCGUACAUGGUGUCCAAGGCGACGCUGAAUGCCUACUCGCGGAUCCUGGCGCGGAAGCACCCCGCGCUGCGCGUCAACUGCGUGCACCCUGGCUUCGUCAAGACCGACAUGACCGUCAACUUCGGCAUGCUCACGCCGGAGGAAGGCGGGAGCAGGGUGGUGGCCGUGGCGCUGCUCCCCGCCGGUGGGCCGACCGGCGCCUACUUCGAGGAGCGCCAGCAGCAGGCGGCGUUCGUGUGACACAUACUCUGCUUCGUUCACCACCCACCGGUGUAUAGGUUGCCGAGAAAUUUGUGACAUAGCUAUGCCCCUCGCGGUUUCUUCGAGUUGAUGACACACGUUGAAUCCUUCGGUGCUUUUAUCCAUGUAAGAUUUUUUUUCUUUAAAUUUGACAUCUAAUGCAUCCAGUUGAUUGCUAUGCA